ACCUAAAACAGUUCCAGCAGCUGAUAGCCCAAGCCCCAUUGAGCCUACCUAGGGUUUCUCUCUCUCUUUUCCUCUCUCUCUGUGCUGUGCUGCAAUAGCUAGGGUUUUGAAUUCGUUGCGGUUGCAGAGAGCUUCAACAAUGACGACCGUGGUUCCAACCUCCGAGGAAGAUCCCGCGCUCGCCGUCGUACGAUUUACUUCUGAGCUCGCCUGGGCCGACGCCGGCCCCGAGGUUGCCGAGCCACAAGUUAACAGACUUUGCGUGGAAGCCCAAGAAUGUAUGGUAAUGAACAAGUGGGUGGAAUUGGCUUCGCUGAUGCUCACUUCUGCUGACUUGAUAUUCUCAAAGGUGGCCGAGAAAGAUCUUGAGUGUAUCUUCACUGUUAUCUGCAAUCUUGUUACUAAGUCUGAAAGUCCAGAUGAAGAGAUUGAGAUGGCAAAACUUAUAUCUGGGAAAAUUAUUCAGCAACCAAAUGAUAAACCUGCAUUGCGGUUAAAGAUCUUGUUCAAUCUGUACAACCUACUGGUGAACCCAUACAAUCAGUUCCAUAUUUACAUGAAGGCCCUAACUUUGGCCCUCAAUGGGAAAGUCACUGAAUACAUCACUCCUUCAUUCAAAAAGAUGGAUAGCUUCCUCAAAGAGUGGAAUAUCGGGAUAUCUGAUCAGCGAGAACUCUUUCUUACCAUCUCAAAUGUUUUGAAAGAAAAUAAGAGUUCAGCAAAGGACUCUUUCAAAUUCCUCACAAAAUACUUGGCGACUUUCUCUGGUGAAGAUGCAUAUAAAAUGAGUGAAGCCAAGGAAGAAGCUGUACACGCAAUUGUGGAUUUUGUGAAGGCACCUGACAUGUUUCAGUGUGAUUUGCUAGAUAUGCCUGCUGUAGGCCAGUUGGAGAAGGAUGCUAAAUAUGCAUUGGCAUAUCAGCUUCUCAAAAUCUAUCUGACUCAGAGGCUUGAUGCCUACCUAGAGUUUCAUGCUGCAAAUUCUACUUUGCUUAAGAGCUAUGGUCUUGUACAUGAAGACUGUAUCAUGAAGAUGCGGUUGAUGUCACUGGUGGAUCUUGCCUCUGAUGAAUCUGGCCAGAUUCCAUAUGCGCUUAUCAGAGAUACACUUAGAAUCAAUGAUGAUGAGGUGGAAUUGUGGGUUGUUAAGGCAAUAACUGUUAAGUUAAUUGACUGUAAAAUGGACCAAAUGAAUCAAGUUGUGAUUGUGAGCCGUUGUACUGAGCGUGUGUUUGGGCAGCAUCAGUGGGAAACGCUUAGAACAAAGCUUGCAGCAUGGAGGGGUAAUAUUGCCAAUGUCAUCAGCACCAUUCAAGCUAACAGGGUCACUGAAGAUGGCUCACAGGCAAUGCAAGGCUUGGCGAUUCGUUGAAGUGUUAUUAUUAUUUUCUUUAUAGCAAAAUUUUGUUUAGAAGAUCUUUAUCAUGAGAUAGCCAUGACUGUAAUGUGGUUCUGAUUUACAGGCUUUUGAUUCCCAUUUUUGAUUUUGGAACAAAGACCUAAUCUAUUGGGAAUUUUCAUGGGAUGCCAUUUUAAUUCAUAGUUGUUUAUCAUACUACC